ACGGAUUUUGCGCCGCUAGGGCCAGUUGAAAUGAAGAUGUCUCAGGUGUUCGUGGAUGUACCGCAAGGUUUUAACUCUGCAGUGGAGGCACUAAAUUCUGUUCCACAAGACAUCCUUGUUGAAAUGUGUCAGGAUGUAGCAGCAUUUCUUCAAUACAGAGUGGCAUUACUUCCUGAGGAACAAUAUAAAAAGAGUCUUAAGGAUGCUGGAGUAUUGUAUGAUACAAAGCUGUUACUCAAUGCUAUUAGUUACAUAUUCAGGUCUGCUGCUAAGGCCAAGUUACCCACUGAGAAACUAAUUGCAGAACUGAAAUCGUCUUUAUGCUGGAAGGAAAAUACUCUUUCAGUUCUUAAACAUGUUUGGAAUGAACAGGGGAAAAUUUUGAGCAGCUCAGACUUAACUGAAACCCUGAAUGUUGGGCAGUUACUUGAGAUGAAAUGGAAGUUAUCUGUUGGAGUGAGCUCUAGCUCAUGUCGCAGUCUGAAUUCUCCCUACAUCACCGUUUUAGUAACAGUGACAGACCCCUCUGGGGGAGUCUCUUCAAAGUCCUUUGAAAUGGCCAUUGGAGAAUUUAAGAAAUUUGCCAGUCAAAUGAGGGAGAUUGCAUCAGUUCUGGAGACGGUCUAACGGAGGAGUUAUAAGAAAAACAUUCGUUUUGUGGGAUUUGUCAGAUGUGUAAAAAUUUGAUUAGAAAAAGCAAUGUAAAACAAAACCAACUAAACAAGUUUUAAAUACGUUUUAUAGGAUUGAUUUUGUAAGAAAAUGCGCCUUUAAGUGUAAAUGAACUACAAGAUAUUUGAUU